AUGAACCGCAGCCACCGGCACGGAGCGGGCAGCGGCUGCCUGGGCACCAUGGAGGUGAAGAGCAAGUUUGGAGCUGAAUUUCGUCGGUCUUCACUGGAAAGAUCAAACCCUGGAAAGUUUGAGGAGUUUUAUGGAUUACUGCAACAUGUUCAUAAGAUACCCAAUGUUGACGUUUUAGUAGGCUAUGCAGACAUCCACGGAGAUUUACUACCUAUAAAUAACGAUGAUAAUUAUCACAAAGCUGUUUCAACGGCCAACCCACUGCUUAGGAUUUUUAUACAAAAAAAGGAAGAAGCAGACUACAGUGCCUUUGGUACAGACACACUAAUAAAGAAGAAGAAUGUUUUAACCAAUGUGUUGCGUCCUGACAACCAUAGAAAAAAGCCACACAUAGUCAUUAGUAUGCCCCAGGACUUCAGACCUGUGUCUUCUAUUAUAGACGUGGAUAUUCUCCCAGAAACACAUCGUAGGGUCCGUCUUUACAAAUAUGGCACUGAGAAACCCCUAGGAUUCUACAUCCGGGACGGCUCCAGUGUCAGGGUGACACCCCAUGGCUUAGAGAAGGUCCCAGGGAUCUUUAUAUCCAGACUUGUGCCAGGAGGUCUGGCUCAAAGCACAGGACUAUUAGCCGUUAAUGAUGAAGUUUUAGAAGUUAAUGGCAUAGAAGUUUCCGGGAAGAGUCUAGAUCAAGUAACUGACAUGAUGAUUGCAAACAGCCGCAACCUCAUCAUCACAGUGAGACCAGCAAACCAGAGGAAUAAUGUCAUUAGGAACAGUCGGACUUCCGGCAGCUCUGGCCAGUCUACUGACAACAGCCUUCCUGGCUAUCCACAGCAGGUCGAACCGAGCUUUGAGCCAGAGGAUGAAGACAGCGAUGAAGAUGACAUUAUUAUUGAAGACAAUGGUGUGCCACAGCAGAUCCCUAAGGCUGUUCGCAACACCGAGAGCCUGGAAUCAUUAACACAAAUAGAACUCAGUUUUGAGUCUGGACAGAACGGUUUUAUUCCUUCUAAUGAAGUGAGCUUAGCACCCUUAGCAAGUGGCACAAAUACAGAAUUUGAAACGCGUGCUCCAGAUCAAAAACUCUUAGAAGAAGAUGGAACAAUCAUAACACUAUGAAACCAUCGCGUCUGAAUGUCUUCUGAGUGAGGAUGCCGUGGAGACUUGUAAAUUUGGCUAGUUUAAAGCAUAUGUACCUCUGAACCAGUGAUCUGGGCUAGGCAUGAAAAAACUAUAUUGCAAGCUUAAAAUGUUAUUAAAAUAGUAGUUUGAUAAUUAAUAUAAACUUCAGUGGGUCAGAGGUGAAUUUAAGUCUAAAACAAAGGGGCCUUUGCUAAUGAAAUGAUGUGCUUUUGCUAUUUUGUCUAUAGAGAACUGGAUGUUAGAGCACAUUCCCAGAA